AUGCCGAAAUCACUGGCGAAAAAUCCAAAAAGAAGAAAGUCCUCGAAACCCGGGGCGCAGAAAAAACUAACCUCACCGGCAACCAGAACCCGGCCGGGGAAAAAGCAUCCGAGAACGGCCAAAGCGAGAAAACGGAUGUCCAAAUCCAAGAAAAAACACUCCGUGGUGGGGAGUAGAAAAAAAAGCCAAGUGGAGGUGGUAAGCUCCGAGGAGGUGGAUGGUAAAUCGGCCCGGGAAUCCUCCCAGUCCCUCCGGCUGAAGCGAUCGCGCGAAGCUCGACGCCGAGCCCAAGAGAAGAUAAAGAUGAUGUUCAACUCGUCCGACGAUCCCUAUGACAGGCCGCUCUACUGGUGGGAAAAAUCACACGUGAAAUACGCUUUUUCCCACUCGGGUGUGAAGACACGACUGGAGCUGUUGAUGGGCAGCAAUGUGGUCAGGCUGACCGAUCGGAAGUACAUGAUGAGGUUGGUGUCGAAAAUCCGGGAGGAGCACGAGCGUAAGCAGGAGACGCGCAUCGAGGACAGAAAGAUGCGGGAACUAGUGCGCACGAAAGACUUGGUACUAAAGCGCUUUAUCAGCAUACAAGAGGCCCCGGCCGAGAUCCGCCAGUAUCCCCUUUUCCAGCUGUACUCGCACUGCGACUCGAUAAUUGAGCAGCACCGCGCGAAGGACACGUCGAAGAAGGUGAAAAUCCCGGCGUCGCUCUAUCGGAUGCUUUAUCCGCACCCUUCCAGCGAAAACUUCGAAGAGGAGGAGGGACACGAAGACGUGCCCCUCAAGGAGGUCCUGAUCGACGGCCAACCGGUUAUGGUUCCAAUGACCAAGGAGGAGAUAGAGCAGCAGAGGACGCAACAGGAAGCCGCCAAUGAUAUUAAAAAUGGUUACAUGUUCACUAAGGAGGAGUACGAAAGUCUUAAUUACGAGGCUGACUCUGUGAAAAAGUUGAAGGAAGUCAAGACCGUCAACGAGAUGUACAAAAAGGCACACGAUAUAGUUGGCUUCCUGAUUAGUUUCUCGCCCAAGGAGAAGCGCAAAACGUGCGCCAUGGACGCAGAUCCCGCCUCAGCAUCAUCGUCGGCAGUUGUGUCCGCUGCCUCGGCCAGCGGAGCUUCCGUCAAAUCGAGGCACUGA